AUGGCUUUGUCAGCGACCCAAAGGGGCUCUUUGGGCAGAUAUGACGAAGAAAUCGUUUACCCUGAAAAACUGAAUGUCACGUUUUCUGCUAGUCAAGACCCAGCUGGCACGCUUGAGAAUGACAACUCCCUCGAUUACGGCAUUGACUCGGACCAUCACCUCUCUUUUCGACUCUGGAUAUUUGGAGAAGAACUGACUCUUGAUUUAGAGGAAGACCCAAGCUUCUUCACAGAGGGCUUGACCGUACAAUACUUGGGCAGACUUGGGCAAGUGGUAGACAGUCCUCCCGAACGUGGGAACUACUUCACCGGGACAAUCAACUCAGAUCCAGAAUCGAUUGUGGCGAUCAGUUUUGAUGGAAUCUCUUUGAUCGGGGUGCUGCAGUACUGGGGCACCGAGUACCACAUCCAGCCUGUGAAAGGGGGGACCCCGAACACGACAGGAGGACCCGGGGCCCACGUGGUGAGGAGGAAGAUGUUGGACAAAGGGGAUGGGCCGAUGUGUGGGGUCGGCGCGCAAGUGCCGGAUGGUGUGUCAAGUGACGAAGGAAAGCUUCGGGAGAAGAUGGACUCAUCCCCCAGAAGAACAAAGCGGUUUGCUUCCAUCCCACGCUACGUGGAGACCCUGGUGGUGGCUGAUGAAGAAAUGAUGCGGUUCCACGGAGCAGGCCUCAAGCCGUACCUGCUCACCAUCAUGGCGGCGGCCGCCAAGUUCUUCCGCCACCCGAGCCUCAGGAAUCCCGUCAACUUGGUGGUGACCAGGCUGGUGGUGAUCGGAGAAUCCGAGGACGGGCUGCGGGUCACCUCCAACGCGGCCGAGACUCUGCGCAACUUCUGCACGUGGCAGAAGGGCCUCAACAAAGCCAGCGACAAAGACCCGGAGCAUUUUGACACAGCCAUUCUCUUCACCAGACAGGAUCUCUGCGGGCGCUCCAGCUGUGGCACCCUGGGCAUGGCAGACGUUGGCACAGUCUGUGACCCAGCCCGCAGCUGUUCCAUUGUCGAGGAUGAUGGGCUCCAGUCAGCCUUCACCGCAGCCCACGAACUGGGUCACGUCUUCAACAUGUUGCACGACGACGACAAACACUGCAAAGAACUUAACCGUCACAGCAACUCCCGCCACAUGAUGGCCGCCGUCAUGUCUCCGGUGAAUCCGGACGAGAUGUGGUCGCCGUGCAGCGGCCGCUUCAUUACCGAAUUCUUGGACAAUGGCCACGGCCAUUGCCUCCUAGACAAGCCGCACGAAACUCUGAAGCUGCCCGCUGUCUUCCCUGGCAGCAAUUACAACGUGGACCAGCAAUGCCAGCUUAGCUUUGGCAGCGAAUCCCGCCACUGUCCCCACACACACACACCAUGCUCCUCGCUGUGGUGCACGGGCCAGAUCAAUGGGCAGUUCAUGUGCCAGACCAAGAAUUUUCCCUGGGCAGACGGGACGCGGUGCGGGGAAGGAAAAAGCUGUAUGAGCGGCGAGUGCAUCAGCCAUACGCAGCUGAAAGAAUAUGAUAUUCCCACCAAUGGAGGUUGGGGGCGCUGGGGCCCCUGGGGAGAGUGUUCCCGCACUUGUGGCGGUGGAGUUCAGUACUCGACCCGCGAAUGCAACAAGCCGGUGCCCCGAAAUGGCGGCAAAUACUGCGAAGGGAAGAGGACCCAGUUUCGUUCUUGCAAUGCCCAGGACUGCCCCGAUGGAAACGCUUUAACCUUCCGGGAGCAACAGUGUGCCGUGUACAACCACCGAGCUGACAUGUUCAAAGACUACCCCUCGCCCAUGGACUGGGUGCCUCGCUACAGCGGGGUGGCCAAGCGCGAUCAAUGCAAGCUGACCUGCCAAUCCCAUGCCUUAGGCUACUAUUACGUGCUGGAACCAAGGGUGGCCGACGGAACACCUUGCUCGCCAGAAUCUACCUCGGUCUGCGUCCAGGGGCGCUGCGUCCACGCCGGCUGUGACCGCAUCAUUGGGUCCAAGAAGAAGUUUGACAAAUGCAUGGUGUGCGGGGGCGACAACUCGAAAUGCACAAAGGUCUACCGCUCCUUCACCAAGCCCCACUACGGGUACAACGACGUGGUCACCAUCCCGGCGGGGGCCACCAGCAUCCUGAUUCGCCAAAGCAGCAGCUCGGCGUCGGCCGACGGCAUCUACCUAGCGCUGCGCCGGCAGGACGGCUCCUAUGCGCUCAAUGGCAACUACAUCCUGACCCCCUCUGAGCAGGAUAUCCACCUGCAGGGCGGCGUCACCCUGCGCUACAGCGGGGCCACCAAGGCAAUGGAGAUGAUCACCGGCCGCGGGCCCCUGAAGGAGCCGCUCACCUUGCAAGCCCUGGUGGUGACCGAUCAGAAGGUGCCACGCCUUAAGUACACCUUCUUUCUCCCCAAGCCGCCCAAAAGGCUUUCCUACCAGUGGCUGAAGCAGAGGGCCCGGAUCCUAGAAGUGCUACAGAGCCGACGAGGGCGCAAAUAGAGCAGCCUUAGCCAGAGGGGGCCAGGCAGGGGUCUCAAACUGCUCUCGCCCCCUCCCCACUGCAGGGGAGGCCAGGAGCUGCGGGGCAGAGGGCUGCAUUGCCCCCAGCCUGCUUUGCAAAGAGGACCACACUGCAAGGAACCUGGGACAAAACAGUUAUAAGCGGCGGCGAUAUGGCUCGGCAGAGGCUGGCAUUCGGGGACCCUUCGUUUCUCGGCCGGCUGCAGACCAAUUCCUGGCUUGCUUGGCUCCGCUCAGACGCUGGGCGAAGCAGGAGGCAAAUUUGGGACUGGGGGGGGGGGGCAAGGCGAGGCAAAGCAGCAGCCAGGAGUCCCCAGGUCUGAGAUGCAGCUCAACUUAGCGCUGCCAUGUUAGAUUUAGCGAAUGCCCUCCAGGACGGGGGGAGAAUGCGAAAAGUUGGAAGAAAAGAACCUUCAAACGCCACCGAGGAGCCAAAAAAGAGGAAGAGAAGGCCUCUGGCGCUUGGCAGAAUGGAAACAUUCAGAAGCCAAGAACGGAGGAGCAGAAGAAAAAGGUUGCUGGCCUGGGAGAGCCAGAUCCGAGUCAAACUGAGCCCUGCCGUGGGUUGAUUUUUCGUUGUGGCUGGACCCUUAGUCGUGUGUGCCCAGCCACACCUGUACUAUAUUUAUUGUUGUUUUUAUUUAUUUGUCAUCCUGGGGGAGCAGAGUUGAGUUACGGAGGGGGGGGAGGCGAUCUUUGACGAAGACCGGCCAUGCAUACUUUUGAGGCUUGAGCAGGCGGCGGAAUUGGUUCCCUCGCUCUCUGAUGACGCUUGGCUCUGGGGUGCCCCACGUCUGAAUCAAUUGUGUCUACCUCAUCCCUCAAGCGCUUCCUCCCUUGCGCAUCUCUCCUCCUGCUUCCAAGCGCGUUACUCGACGAUGCGUGGGCCCUGUUGCUCGUGGGCACCCGCCAUCCAGAGCAAGCGCGGGGCCAACGCUCUCCAGGUCUGGCCUGCAACCCACCUCUCUUGGGCACCAGAAAAAUUGCAGCCUGGGGUAGGACAAGCCACUCCAGGCUGAAUGCCUCUCCUGUAACGUGCCAGCUUGGCAGGACAGUGGCAAGCAAAGGCUUCAAUCAUGCCAGCCCUCCCACCCCACCAUGCCUCCAGGGGAGACCCCUUCGUCCAGGGGACGAAUGG